GGUAUAAUAAAAAUACAUUUGUGCCACUUAAUUGGUUACUUCGUAGCUGGUGUCUGUUGCUGUUGCUGCUGCUGGCGCUGUCUCUGGUGCUUGGGUCUUAACUGUUGGCUGGUUGCUCCUCAACAAGUUGCCAAAUUUGGCAAUGGGAGCGCAACAGCGGCAGCAACCAAGAGAUAGAUGCCUGCUGCCCACUUACUUUUGUGCCCAAAGUGUGUCGUCGUCGUAGAGGUAAUAAUGAAGUUAACAGUCAGAUGAUCUCCCCCGAAGAUGAUUCUAAACCGAAACUAAACACUGCCUCGAGGAAUGAACAUGCCAGGGGUUUCUCUUGGUAUCCCCACCAUAUGAUCUGUGUGGAUUUCUGGCAGUGCACAUAAGGUAUCUAGCCAUUCACUUAGCAUACUCCUCCGCAGCAUCCCAGCAUCUGAGCAGCCGCAGCCACAGCCGAAGCAGUUGACGCUGUUGCUCUUUGCUGUCUCUGGCAUUUGCAUUUGUGUGUGGGUUGUGGAGUGGUGUGGGCUCGACGAUUGACUAUAAUUGUGUGUAUAUCUGUGUGGCAUGUCGUAUGUUGUCGCAUAAUAUCUUUAAUUUAGUUCAUUUUCAGACCCAUUUCCGUGCCCUGGCUCCAGUCAGCUUUCUUUUUGUUCAAUAUUUUCCUACCGAUUCAAUUUUUGACUGCCGAACAGCGAUUUCCAUUUGAUUGGAUCUCGCUUUAAGGGAUUCUGGAAUAAUAUCGCGAGGAAAUAGAACAUCAAACCAAUUAUUCUCAGAUCAAAGAAUACAUAAAGAUUCAUCUUUUACCGUUUGAGAUGACUGUUACGAAUGCUAGUUCAAUGUUUGUAAUUCUUUGUAUUCUUUAACCUUGAGGAAUCCUGUAUUCUGCUGCAAAGUUCAUUCCAAACCCAGUUUCUAACUCAAUCUUCCUUUCCUCCCUGCUCGCUCCUGAGUUCUCCCUGGACUCCCUUCUAGUCUCAAAUUGUUGGUAAAAUUGUCACCGCAACUGCAAAUCACUGGGCUGACAAACUUGUUUUUCCUCCAAACAAAAACCAGCGAUAAAAUAACAGCCACAACAAGUCAAGUCGGAGAAAUAAAAUUAGUGAGUAUUAUUUUUCGAGAGUGGGCCGAGAGACAAGUCAGCGGAAGUGUGUGGGUGGCGGCUGACUGUCGUCUCUGCCGAGGCUCGGGCUGUUUGCUGCCAGUGUCUUUGCUGUUUGAAUGGGAUUUGGCUUUGGCGCUUUUGUUUCUUUUCAGGUUUUUCUGUUGGGCAAAUUACUUUUUAAUGGAACGCUCACGUAGGCAGCUGCUCGGGCAAGCACCGGCACUCGAACAAUUAACCAAAUCGGAGACAAAACCCCUAUUUGUGAUGAUAUGUCUGGUCUCUGUGCUGACAGAGGCCAAUGAACUCAAGGAUCUGCUUGAGGAUACCACCACCGCAGCGGCUUCGAUCACCAGCACCAGCGUCCCCGCGCCAUCUACGAGCACCGCAACCACACCCACUGCCUAUGUGGUGUCGGCGGCUGCCGUGCCCGUAACCACCACCACCAUUACCGGGAAAUCCAAGUCCGCCGUGAAGUACUUCAACAAGAGUACGCCCAAGAAGAGGAAGGCCGAGCAGGUUUCCUCGCUGCCGCUGCCCGUGGACGAUGGCCUCAUGGAAUGGAAGUGUCCCACCAUAACGGGCUCCCGGAACGCGGAACUCGAGUGCGGCUGCGACUUGCCCCACACCCUGAGAUGCAACAUAGAUCUGCACGGACUACUGCUGCUGGCGGAUAGGCUGCGCACCUCCCCGUACUCCAUAUCGCUGCUUGACUGCUCCUUGCGCAACGUGACCUUUCUGAGCGACGCGAAGAUCUUCAACGGUGUCUCUCUGCAUGGCCUGGUCAUCUCCUCGGGGGAGAUCAAGCGAGUACACAAGUCCACCUUCUUGGGCAUUAAGGGCCCCCUGAAGGCCUUAGGGCUCCCCGGAAACGCUCUGCUUAGCGUGCCCUGGAACGCCUUGUCAACGCUGGGAGCCCUCAACCGCUUGGAUUUGGCCACCAACAAAAUUAAGGCCUUGGGAACGGCCGACUUUGUGGGCUUGACCAAUCUGGUCUACUUGGAGCUCAGUAACAAUCAGAUCUCGAGCAUAUCGCAGCGCACUUUCAGCAAUCUGAGGAAGUUGGAGGUGCUUAAAUUGGGCGGCAAUCGCCUGGGCGACUAUGCUCAGAGCCUGCGAUACUUGAGCCAGUGCCUGAGCUUGCGGCAACUCGACCUUACGGCCAACAAUCUGAAUGGUCCGCUCAGCGCGCAGACACUGGCUGGGAUGCGGAACCUGGAGAGCCUGAACCUCAAUCGGAACAUGAUCAAGAGCAUUCAGAACAAGGCGUUGGCCAACUUCUCUCGUCUCGUGAGCCUCUCGCUGCGCCACAAUCAAAUUGAUGUCCUCCAGGACCACGCCUUCUACGGACUGGGCGCUCUGGAUAGCUUGGAUCUGAGCUACAAUGGCAUUGUGGCCAUCUCCAGUUCCUCGCUGCAGCAUCUGAGUCGCUUGACAGUCUUGGACCUAACGCAUAACUUCCUGCGCGCCCUUACCUCGGAUCUGAUAGCUCCGCUGCCUUCGUUGAGGGAGCUGCGACUGGCCGGGAACGACAUCUCGAUUGUGGCUAGGAACGCCAUGGAUGGAGCUCGCGAGUUGCAGAGCCUCCAGAUGCAGGACAAUCCGCUCUCCUGCGACUGCAGCAUUCGUCCCUUCGCCGAGUGGCUGCAGGUAUCCCAGCUCCAUUCCAGCCUCACUGCCUCCUGUGUGACGCCGCCGCGCCUUGAGGGGGCUCCGCUGCUUCAGGUGCCCGUGGAGACGCUCAGCUGCGACAUGGACAAUGUGGAGAAGGACAAUGCCAACAUUAUGCAGCAUCUGGAGACCUUCGCGAAACCAAAUCAGACGUCGUCCAUCAGGGAUUUGUCAGAGGAGAUUAUUCUACACGAUCUGCACUAUUCGGCGGACUAUGGGCUGAUCCUUACCUGGCUGCUGAAUCUCAGCAAGAAGGAUUACAUGUGCGAUGCUAUCUUUGUCUACAAGGAGGAGAACAUUAAUGAGAUACUUAUCGACAACUCUCCGAUCCACUGCGAGAGCAAGGUGGUAAAUGGCCAGAACACGGUUAGCGUUAUCGUUCCCGACAGCUCCUCCCUGGACAUAGGAGAAAGCUACCGAUUCUGUCUGGUGAUGGUCCAAGAGCAGAAUCCCAAGCCGGACCUGAACAUUGGAUGCUCCAACAUCACACAGCUGCAGCUGAGCAGUCCGGGCUCCAUCCCCGUGUCGCGCCAGUACCAGCGACGCCCCUACUCCACGACCAACGAGCUGAAGCCCGACUCCCAUGAGCAGGAUGUCAGCGAGGACUAUCAGCACAACCAGCGCCAGUUCAACACCGUUGCGGGCAGCCAGCAGCAGCAGACGCAUCCUCAACAGCAGUCCACGCUGCUGCACAGCUACACUGUCAUAGAUUCCCUCAACAAGAGCUUCCUACCCGGCCUGGGUCUGGGCGUCCUGGUCACUUCCGUGCUCGUCCUCAUCUGGGGUACCACGCGUCUCCGGCAGUCGGGCGGUGUCAAAGGCAGCGGCAUCGGCGCGGACAGGAGCAAUGGCAGCGUCGGCAGCAACAGCAACAGCAUACAAAACAACAACAACAAUAGUCGACCGGGCACUCCGACGGCGACCACCUGCUAUGCCGCCUCAGAUCACAUAGCUCGCCUCGCCGACGCGGAGAGCGGAACACGCUACCUCAAGCUGCAGGCCACAACGAGCCUGUGAGGAGAGGAGGCAGCAGUCCCAGCACACCCACUCAAUAAAACAUGUGAUAGUACAGCAGAAACUGUACCGACUUGCGUAGUUGCAUAGGAUAGGCCGUAGCCCUAAGGACCCACUGCACUAAUCCAAAUACUUGGCCCAACACUAACCCACUCGUGCCAUAAGCUAAUCGAUACACAAUCCAGAACCCCAUGCAACUUGACAGCUCCGGUCCGAGUAAAAGUGGUAGUGCCAAUAUGUUACAAAAAAUGCAUUACAAAAAUUAAAUUCAACAAAGAAAUUAAUAUGUAAUGGUACUACCUACUAUUGUUUUUACCGCCACUGUGCAAGUAGCCCCCUAGCGCCCAUCUAGAAUUAGUGUUAGCUAAGGGUACGCCUCCUUAAAGUUAGGAACGGAACCAUAAGUCAUGACCCUCUUAGUCGUAAGGCUUUAAUAAUUUAUUAACCAAUUUCAAGGCACACAAAACCGAGCAUGCAAACCAUUGUGGAAAGAGAAAUAAAAGCCAAUUGCAAUCGAA